AGUUGUACAUUAACUUUGAAAAUAUUCGGCUCCGAAUAAAUCAGCGGUCAUGGCGCGUCGCGGAUGUUGUAAUCUUUUCACUAUUUAAGGGACGGUUCGAAAAAUAGGCGACAGAUAAACUGAGUUUCUCACAGUGAACGGUAGUAACUGAAACGUCUCAAGUUUCGAUUGAUUGUCUGACUAGUCAACCAACAAAAGGACCCAACUCAAAAAUGAAAUUCUCAACGAUCUUGUUUCUCGUUAUUUUGGGACUUGUCUUUGUGACGGCGACUCCGAUCGACGAUUCUGACAUUUAUGGAGGUGCUGUAUCAGACUCCGCGUCUCCGGGUGAAGACCGUUCGUUCGUCAAGAAAAUCUUCAAAAAGUUUAAAAAAAUUCUAUUCUAAAAUCCAUUGUCUAAAUAUAUAAAGAUUAUUAUCACCUAUUGUUGAAUACAGUCAAAAACGACGAGACUUCAUAUCGAUUAUGUUAUCAUGUGGAGUCAAAAUCUAACAUUUUAUCUUAUUAUUAUUUUUCACAACAUAGCCACCGACACUUUGUUAUUCUAAUUGUUACAUGUUAAUUUAGUUCCUAUGGAUAGUUGUAUGUAAGUAAUGUUUUUUCUAAAUAUUUUCGAAUAAAAAAAAACUAGCUGUAUAUCACAAAAUUCGAGAAUUGUGUACCUCCGAAAUUUGGGUUGAAAAUUCAAAUGAAAAUGUUUCAAGUACAGUGGCUAUACGCCUGACAUCAGGCGAUAGCUGGUCGGCCACCAUAUCAACCCCAAUAUUUAUAGUGUACCAUCUGUAUAUCACCUGCCGCUAGGCAACUGAUGCCUACUCCAUUAUAAACAAAACAGUAUGGUUCGUAUCAGCAUUAAAGAAGUGUCUGUAAAUUAAUCGCAAUCCAACCGUGAGAGAAUAAAAAUAUAAAAAAUAUGCUACGAGUAAGAUCACAGAAUCAUAUUUGCGAACAAGAGGCUAAAUUUGUUCAAGAACGAAUAUCCAGUGUUGAAAAACACUUCGCCGAAUUAUGCACGACUUUUGCUGCGUACACGAGAAAAACUGCGAGACUACGCGAUAAAAAUGACGAAGUUGCAAAAGUCGUCCAAACUUAUGCAGAAUCUGAAAAUAUUAAUCAAUCCCUGAGCAACGGUCUCGCGAAUUUCGCAACGACGAUGUCGGUGAUCGGUGAUUACAGAGAUGCUGAAGUUCAGAGACUCGAUACUAAAGUGAUAUCUCCACUAUCGCAGUACUCCGUAAUAUGCAAGCACGCUCGUGAAGACGUAAAAAACACAUUUUCAGCACGGGAUAAAGAACUAACGAGACGAAGACAUUUGGAUAAAUUAAGAGAACGUAAUCCUCGAAAUCGUCAGAUGAUCUCUCAAGCUGAGUCUGAGCUAAUGAAAGCUACUGUUGAAGUAUCAAGAGUUGUGAAAGGUCUGGAGGAACAGAUCGAUUCAUUUGAAAGAAGAAAAUUACACGAUGUCAAAUCAGUCCUGUUGGAUUUUGUCACCAUAGAACUUGGCUUUCAUACCAAAGCUAUUGAGCUUCUUACUAAAGCAUAUCAGGACCUGGCUGAAAUUGACGAAUCUAAGGAUUUAGAGGACUUUCAAGUAACGCGAGGAGAUAUGAAUGGGGAAUUUAGGGAAGUGAUGCGUGUACCAGAUUCAGUAACACGACUAGAUACCGUCAGAAGAACUUCGUUUAGGCAAGCUUACUCGCUCACAAAUUUAGCUAGCCGGUUUACAUCAUCUCCAAUAAUUUUUAAACGACCUUCAAACCAGCCCACGGAAUCCCUGGUAAGAUAUUUGAUAAAAAUUGCUAGUUUAAAGUCUCAAAAUUUGAGAUUGGAACAAAUUUUUCAGGAUUCUUUGAAGACUGGAUUUACAAACUCCAAUGACUCUGUGAGGGUUGAGGACUACGGGCAGAGUUCGGAGGAAUCAGACUCUGAAUCAAUCCAAGAAAUGCCAGUGAGACACAGACAUAAAACAAUGUGAUUUGAAAACUGAAAAACGAUUAUUUAUGGUUUUAUACUACACCCCGUUACAGGAAUACCCAAUAAAGUACUGCACCCAGAAAUCACAGCAAAGCAGACUCAGUCUGAAGGCAGUUCCCCCUACACCCAACUACCAAAAAUCCCUCACAUCCUCCGUAAUCCACAGUAUAUCUUACACAUAGUGACUAGCCUUAGAAUUCAAAUGAGAUAAAUUGUUAAGUG